ACCUAAUCCGCGUUCGAACGCGAGUGUCGUUUCGCGCGCAAUUCGGCCGCUCUGGCCCUCCGUCGACGUGACGUAGUACGCCGGUUGAACCGUAGCUGACCGUGGUGCGGUGCGUUUCUUCGUUAACUCGCGAUCAUGUGGAAUGAGAGUUCCGUGGGCGGUGGCGGCGGAUUCCUGGACGACACGCAAAGCGCCGGCACGGGGAGAAAGGGCACGCAGACUAACGACAAGAGCAUCGUUCCCGUAUUGAUAAAGCAUGUUGCGGACGCGACGGGAGAUCUACAGAUCGCUGGCAGAACCAUCAACACCUUGAUGAUCGUCGGGGUCGUCCGAGGUAUCGAGCAAGACACCACGAAGAUCUCCUACAGCAUCCAGGAUGACACAGGUACCAUCACGGCUGUCAUGUGGCUGGAAGCGGAUAAGAAUCCCACGGAGAGUAACGCUUGCACACAGGUGGACGCGUAUGUGAGGGUGUACGGGCUGCUGCGUAAUCAGAACAAUCAACGACAACUGUUGAUCCUGCGUAUGUACCCCCUGGAAGAUCUGAAUGAGCUGACGCACCAUUUUCUGGAAGUUACGUACUUCAUACUGAGCACCGGCAAGCCUACAGAAGAGUACAAUGCAGGGAAUGCAGGGAAUGCAAUUCAGGGAAUGUCGGAUCACACGAUGAGUGGCAUGUCGUCCGAACAAGUGACAGUCCUGGAGAUUGUUCGUUCGGCGAAAAACGCUGAAUGUGGCAUCGAGAAACGUGACAUUCUGUCACAAGCGCCUAAACACGUGAUUCCACGCUUGGAUGACAUAUUGGACUUUCUGCUGUGCGAGGGACAUAUUUAUACAACCAGUUCAGAAGAUUUCUUUAAAGCUACUUAAGUUCCUUUAAGCUUUUUCAAGGAGACCUUUAUGAAACGUUAAACUCUACUUGAAUUUGUAUUGUACCGAGUGUCAGAUCGUAUUUUCAGCGUACAGUAUUUUUAUAUACACAUAUUCCUAUUUUUAUAUUCCUGUAUAAAAGCCAAUUAUUUAAAGAUUCGUUUAUUUUGCAUUUGGCAGUAUAAUUACUUAAUAAGUUGUCAAAAUAUUAAUAGCCAUGGCAUAAACACGUGUACUCUAAUUAAACUCAAAAUGCUUCAGCAAAAAUAUUUUGUAAUAUAAACAAGUUUGUAAAAAUUUAA